AUGGAUUAUACAAAAAAAUUCGGCAAAGUGUGGGGUUAUCAAGAGGGACCAACGAAUGUCUUGGUGAUCUCUGAACUCAAAGCCGUCAAAGAGAUGCUACACUCGAGAUUCGAUGAUUUUCAACAAAGAAAGGGAAAUCCCCUCUUUCAACCGGAAGCCGACGAUCCACAGGCACAUCUGGCUGAUUCAUGGGGUGCUCGAUGGAAGCGUUUGAGAGCUCUUGUCUCUCCUCAAUUCUCCAAUAAUAGCCUUAAAAAGAUCUUCCCAACAGUCACUGAUUCAGCUCAACAUUUAGUUUCUCACAUCGGAAAGAAUGCUGGUGAAGCUAUUGACAUUCACACUUAUUAUCAAGAAUACACGAUCGAUGUAAUCUCAAGAAUUGCAAUGGGACAAAAAGAGACAAUGCAAUGGAAAAGUGAAUACGCGGAACAGCUAAGAUUUGCUUUUGCUCGAGAUCCUCGUGAACCGUUCUUCAUUAUGGCCACAGCAAUUCCUUUUUUGAGAAAAUACUUCCGUGCUUUCUUCAUCUUCUUGGCUAGACGCUUCAAACUAGCAGCUGCUGAAUUGUUGAUAAAAAUCGAGAAAGCGGUGGCUGAGAGAAAAGCUCUGAGAGCAAAAGGAGAAAUGUCAUCAAAAGAAAAGGAACUUGUUGACUUCAUCGAUUUGUUUUUGGAUGCUGAAGCUGAUGUUGAUUUGAAAGCAGAAGAAGGGCUCAGCGGGAAAAAUGCUCAUAUCGUUCGUCAAAUGUUAGAAGAAGAGGUGGUCAUGCAAUGCUUUCUGUUUCUUUUGGCUGGUUUUGAUACAACAUCAAAUUCUCUCUCCUACUCAACUUGGUAUCUGGCAAAGCAUCCUGAAAUCCAGCGCCGUCUUCAAGAAGAGAUCGAUCAAGUUUGCGGUGAUAGGGAAAUCUCCUAUGAUGAUCUGAGUGAGCUUAAAUUUAUGGAUUGUGUGAUCAAGGAAGCUCUUCGACUCAAUCCUCUUGGAACUGUUGUCGUUAGCAGAGUGGCUGGUAGAGAUCUGGAACUUGCCGGUGUUCAACUUGAGAAAGGAGAUGAAAUUCAAGUCGAUGUCUACUCGCUUCAACGAAGCAAAGAGAUCUGGGGAGCUGACGCGGAUCAGUUCAAUCCAGAUAGAUGGAUUAAUCUAACGUCUGAUCAAAAAGAAGCAAAUCUCUCUUUUGGAGCUGGACCUCGACAAUGUGUUGGCAUGAGACUUGCUUAUAUUGAACAGAAAGUCGCCUUUGCUAAAGUACUCCGAGAUUACGAUUUUGUUUGUGGAGCGAAGACUGAGAAAGAACUCGAUUUCUUUUCCACGAAAAUCAUCUCGAAUGCAGCGGAUUCUGAUGUGCGAAUUGAAAGUAAUGGAAGAAUCGAACAAAGUUUAAUUUUUAACUCAAAAGUUCACUAUGAUGGAUGGAUAAAACGUUUCCCUUUUGACAAACUUUUUUGCGGAAUUCAAAUCUCGACGACAAUCAACAUGACUGUGAUGAGACUUCAAGCUGUCAGAGCACGGUAUUCGAUGGCUGCUGGCAAUGACGAGUUCACUCUGAUCAACUUCACUGCAAUCACAUAUCUUGGCAAUGAACCUGGCCAUAAUCAGGAUAAUAACGAAGUUCAUUUCUACCUAACACUUCAAAGAAGAUCAAUCUAUUUCAUCAUAGUUGUGAUUAUUCCAACAACUCUUGUCUCUUGUGUAACUGUGACGAGCAUUCUGUCACCAACUUCGAAGAGUAACAAUAUUGAUCCUGCAAAUAUUGGAUUAAAUGCUUUAUUGGCAUUGUCGAUCAAUUUAUCCGUUGUUGCGAAUAAUAUUCCGAGGACAACUUAUGUGCCACUUAUAGGAUGGUUUGUGCUUAUUUGUCUUGCAGUUUGUGUGGCUUCAAUAGGACUUGGGCUUUUCCUGGCCAGAUUGAAACAAUCGGCAGAAAAGGGACAGCAAUCGUGUUGCUUGUUUUUGAUCGUUCAAGCAACAUCCGUUGAGACUUUCAAGCUUUCAUUGAACAGAUUUCCAUUCGAUCGUCUCGUUUGUUUUCUUCAAAUCACGAAAAGCAGAAGGAAUAUGACAAUAGUGAAGCUUCAGGCAUUGAGAGAUCCCACAGGGACAUUCGAUGGAAAUCACGAAUUUCACAGUAAAGGCUAUAACAUCUCAAAUCUGAAACCUGGUGCCUCGAGCUAUAUUGAGGCCGGUUUCUUCUUCAAAUUCGAGCGCAAUACUUUCUAUUACAUUUUCGUGAUUGUUCUACCAGCAGCUUUUGUGACAUCAUUGACUGUUAUUGGGGUUUUGUUGCCAAUAUCGAGUGAGGAUCAGGGAAAUCCGGUUGGCACUGGAAUGACAGCUCUUUUAUCCCUCUCAAUCACGUUCUCGAUCAUUGCCAACGAUUUCCCGAGGUCGAACGUUGUGCCACCGAUUGAUUCUCGAUCAUCUUGUGCUUGG